UCCUGCCCUGUGGGAGGGGGAGCUUUGAGGUUCGUCACUUGAGGUUGAGGUUGAGGUUGAGGUUCGUUGUUUCCUUGCUUACCUUUCCAUCUCCUUUCUUCCUUCUGCGGAAUACUUGUACAAGUAGAUCUCCUCCUAUUGCUCACCACCAGGAUUCUUGACUACCGCGCAGUACUCGAGUAGCUACAUUGAUUGGGAUCUCCUAAUGCCAUAAAUUCUACUUCCUUACCCACUACAUUCUUGCCCCGGUCGUCUCCAUAUCCCACGAUGCGCUGGACAGCAGAUUGGUCUGCUGCAGCUGCAGCCCUUCUUAUCGUCGGCGGCGCGUCGGCAUCGAGCUUAAAACCGCCAGUGUUGCCUUUGACUGUUCGAAAUCCUUACAUAAGUACUUGGCUAGGGAGUGCUCGAGGUCUUCCUUGGGAACACUGGCCUAUUUUCUGGACCGGGCAAGAGGUAUAUAAAAUAUAAGGUCUUGCAAUUGAAAGCUGGGCUUACAUUUCAAUCGAGGUCGGAUUAUCCCUUCUCGCUGCGGUUCCCAAAUCCAACCGUGUGUAUCCACUUCUUGGUAGGCCCCAGGACUCGCUAUCGAGGUCUGGAGAUACGUCAGUCAGGACAAGGUCGAGAAACCUCCCCCAUUCUAACUAUCUCUCAGUUUCAAUGUUUCAUUUCCGACAUAUCUUGGUGCAACAUUCGAUGCUUCCACCACGAAUCUCACUUACGAAAUUCCCGGUCCCGAUGAAACAGACCAACCUCUAGAACUCACUCUAUCAUUCCUCUCUCCGAUCACACCAACCUCUACCCUUCGACAGUCAAUUCCUGCCUCGUACUUGACUGUCCAGGUCGAAGGAAGUUUCAACGUCGAUAUAUAUGUUGAUGUCAACGGGCUAUGGGUUAGUGCCAACCGGGGCAACAAAAUCCGAUGGGAGAUGAGCCAGAGCCUACAAUCAGCGAGUGGAGGAUCAGCAGCACCUCUCAAAACAUGGAAAGUCAAACGGCAAACAGAGCAACUCUUCACUGAAGAUGCGGACCGAGCAGAAUGGGGUACACUUCAUUUCACCGGCCCGUCAGAUAUUCAAUAUGAAGCGGGUACUUCUGCUCUAUUACGGCAGCGCUUCUCUAGAACCGGCACUCUCCAAAAUAUUGUGGAUGGAAAUUUCCGUGGUAUCAUGGAUGAGGAGCCAGUGUUUGCCUUUUCCAAAGCGUUCAAACUCAAUGGUACCUUGGCAGGUUCCAACGACCAAUACAAGGAUAGCGUACUGUUUACCAUUGCACAUAUCCAAGACCCAGUCGUUCAAUUUGCUUCGGCCAGAGGGUUGACCAUGAUGCGACCAUUAUGGGCAGCUUAUUACGCUACGGCAGAUGCACUCCUUGAUUUUCAUUAUCAUGAUUUCGGCAAAGCCUCUAAACUUGCCGCCAAUUACUCUAUGCAACUCGAGAUUGAUGCUUUGAAAUCAGGAUCUGAGGGUUACAAGGACAUACUUGCAUUGAGUGCUCGCCAGGUCCUUGGAGCUUGCAGUUUCGCAGGCACACCAGACGAUCCCGUCAUUUUCUUCAAGGAAAUAUCGUCAGAUGGCAAUAUGAAUACAGCGGAUGUCCUUUACCCUGCGUUCCCAUUCUUUACAUUCACGAACCCGAAAUGGUUAGUGUAUCUUUUGAACCCCCUUAUUGAGCAUCAACUCAGUGGCCAAUAUCCAAACGACUAUGCAAUGCAUGAUCUUGGAUCUAGCUUUCCAAAUGCAACAGGCCAUCCGGAUGGUCGUGAUGAGUAUAUGCCUGUGGAAGAAUGUGGAAACAUGCUUAUCAUGGGGUUGGCGCUUGUCAAUUCUCUCAUCUACGACACAGAGCCAGCGAGUAUAUGGUCAAAAGAAGGGGAUGACCAGUACAUCGAAUCUGCUGGCAAAUUUCCACUUUACGUUGACACUGAUGGUAUGGACGAUACCUUUGGUGGUCCAGUAUCGGCCAAGGGAGAAAAACAAGCACGAAAAUGGAUUGAAGGAUCAUAUACACUGUGGAAACAAUGGACGGGCUACCUUGUUCGAGAAGCUCUCAUUCCAAGUAACCAACUUUCCACAGAUGAUUUCGCUGGCUGGCUAGCCAAUCAAACCAAUCUUGCAUUGAAAGGUAUCAUCGGCAUUCGUGCAAUGUCUGAAAUAGCGGAGCUGGUUGGAGAAAAGGAAGACGCAAAAUACUAUCGCGAGAUUUCUGAAAGCUAUGUCAAGAGAUGGGAAACAGAGUUUGCUCUUUCUAGAGAUGGAACACACGCAAAGCUUGCCUACACUUGGUUUGGUAGUUGGACCACGCUGUAUAACUUGUUUGCAGAUUCGCUACUCUGUUUCCAUCUACCAAGUUCAACAUCAAAUGCCGUCACUGGCCAGAAGCCACUGUUGACGCAGAUCAAGUCAAAGACUGCAUUUGUUGAUGAAAAGAUAUACAAGAUCCAGAGUGACUGGUAUCACAACGUUCGUCAACGAUACGGCCUACCACUUGAUAGUCGGCACCUGUACACUAAGAGUGAUUGGGAGUUCUUCGCCGUAGCUGUUGCCAGCAAACAAGUUCGGGAGGAAGUAGUUGAUUCGAUUGCAUUGUGGGUCAAUGAGACAUCAACCGGUAAGGUUUCAUAGCCCACUUUCAUAUAGAUCCCUCUGACAAAUAUCAGAUCUCCCAAUGACAGAUUUAUAUGAUACCGAAGGAGAUGGUGGAUUUCCAGGUUUCUCAUUCAAAGCACGUCCAGUUGUAGGCGGCCAUUUCGCUUUCCUGGCUCUGGAGAGAGCCUGCGGAGGAAAGGCCAUGGAAGGGCUUGCCUUCUUAGACGACGAGAGGCCGAAAGAGUUCUCGAAGGAGAUGUUAGAGGAAUCUUUAGAGGAGACACUUGAGAGCCAUGAUGGAGAAUUGUAGAGAUAAAUUGGGAGAAGGAAUACAGAUUUCGCUCGUAAGAAUAACGCAUGCAUUAAGAGCAGCGGAUUUGUAGAGCAGAAAUAGAGUUUCUUACUUUGUAAGAAUUGGAUUUUUAUUGCGAGUUUCUAUUGUUGCGACUCUCGCGCUUCAGAUACUGCCUCGUGGUGGGCAUGGUGAACAGUAGCAGAUAUUGGACGAUGAAAG